AUGGUGGCCCGUGUCCUCUCCGCUUGUGUCUUCCACCUGCCUGCGGCCUUGGUGCCGCUGUCUGGGCCCUGGGCCCCCACGCUCACCUUGGUGCAGCCUCUCGGCUCGGUCCCGUGCACAGUGGUGGGGUGGCAGCAAAGAGCAGCUGUGGUGGUUCCUGUCCUUGCACACAUGCAGAUUUCUGGGUUAUCCCUACAGUUGAGCCAUCAGUAUGGUGACAUGCCCAUUCUGACACUGGAGAGCAUUAAGGACCGUGUCCUCUAUGUCUUGAAACUAUAUGAUAAUAUUGAUCCAGGAAAACUUUCAGUAUCUUCCCACUUCAUGAAAGACCUGGGCUUGGAUACUCUGGACCAAGUAGAAAUUAUAAUGGCCAUGGAAAAUUAA